AUGCAAAUUGAUUAUGAUCUUCAUCCAUUGUGCUCAUCUAACUAUGUUAAACUUCAAGAACUUAAAAAUCCUCCAUUAAAUCGUUUUUUACCAACCGAUUUUCGAGCUCUUGCACCACAAUUAUUUCAUUCUUUUACUUAUUUAUGUCAAGUAUCAGAUGAUUAUAUCAAGAAGAGUCUCAUUUCAUUUAAUGCAUCAUCUCUUGUUAUAAAAGAAAGUUUCUCUCAAGAAACAUUCAAUGUGGAAAUAGAUACAUUCAAAGACACAUUCAUAUCAUCAACAAGUCGUUCAUUUGCUCGUAAUCUUGCGAUAAUUCUUAACAUAACAUGGAGUAAUGGAAUCAUCAGUAGUAGACGUACAAAUUUCCUUUUUCAUCUAGCUGGUACGAAUGCAUUAUUUACAUUGCAAUUUUCUCCGCUUGCUUAUCUAAGACCUGAAAAUAUGAAUGAGUUAUGUAUCUGUUCAAUUUCAAUGCGAUGUUUCAGUCCAAUGUCGAUCUAUUUUAGCAAUGAUACCUAUCUUAAUAAACUACUUGAAGUACCGGAUUUCUAUACGGGUUGUUUACAAACUGAAAGUAUUCGUUAUUCUUCUCUUAUGUGUUUAUUUAAUCAAUCAUGUGUUGAUCUAAUAUCAUUUUGGCUUAACAUAUCCACCUUGAACACUCUUGAUAUUCAUAAUCUUAAUCAUUUCAGUGUCAAUGCUACUAUUGAAAGUAUUCAAAAUGAAAUGUUUGUUGAUCGAUGGAAAGUUUCAUCAUCUCAUCGUGCUUUCUAUGAACAAUGUCGACCUGAUUAUUGCACAUAUACAUUAAUUGAACAUAAAUCUAUUUGGCUCAUUAUAACAAUUAUAUUUGGACUUAUCGGUGGUCUCAUGAAAAUCUUGAAAUUAAUUCUUCCUCAUUUUGUUCAUUAUAUAUUUGUAUUAAAUUUUUGCUUUCAUCAUAGAAAAAAUCGAAAUAUGGUACCGAAAAUUUCUUUUCCAAAAUUUUCUUUUCGAUCAAUUCUUCGUCGAUUUUCUCGAUUGAAUCUGUUUUCAUCUAAUAGUUCAAAUCAAAAUAAUGAGCAUGAACUUCACGAUCAACUGCUUGCUACUCGUAUAUUUCUCAUCGUUUUUAUCGUUUCAGUUAUUAUUCUUACAAUUUAUUCAUCUCAAGUACAACUUACUAAAACUGUAACAAUUAACAAUCCUUCGAUUGAACAAUACUUUUCAUUAUAUAAAAUUCAUUCUGAAACAGUUGCAUGUCCAUGUGAAAAUAUUGCUAUUCAAAGAAAAACAUUUAUUAGUCUUCAGGCAACAUUUCAUCAAGUAUGUCAAAGUAAUUUUGUCAAUUUAAAUUGGCUUUACGGCAUUUAUUAUACGUCAAUGAACAGAGAGAUAUAUGUUAAUGAUUUUCGCUUAAUAGGUUCAUCUAUAUUUGGUACGAUUUUAUCAUUGUGUCAAUUAUCAUUUAUGACUGUCAACGAUGGACUUGUUGAUUUCAAUGCAGCAUCGUUUGUUAGUGUAAAAGUUAUUUCAGAAAAACAACUUCUUAUGCAAAGUGAAUCUUUAAUCGAUGUAUUCAUAUCGACAAGUGAAAACGCAUUCAUAAAUGCAUUACAACUUGUUCGAGAUACAACAUAUGCAAAUUCUCUAUUAUCAGGAUUUGAUACUUCAACAUCUGUUGAACUUUUUUCAAUUAAUGAGAAACUCUUCAAAGUCAGUCUUUUACCACGUCGAUAUAAUUUAUCAACAUCUUGUACCUGUUACAAUGAUCCAACGUGUAUUGAACCAGCAGGCAUUUACAAUAAUGAAUCGAAAAUGUCAUUAAUAUAUGAAAUUCCAGGAAUAUAUGUCGGUUGUUAUAUGGUCGAAGCAACUCUAAAAUCAAGUCUUGCUUUUCUAUAUAAUCAAAGUGAAAUUGAUAAAUUUCGUGAAAUUAUUCAAUUUGAUUUGUAUAGUCAUAUCCAAUGGCCAACAACAGCUUUAAAUGCUUCUCAAUACAGUCAAUAUAAUCAGACUACACCAAUUAAGUUUAUCAUGCAAAAGUUGACGACUGAAAGCUGGCAUAAGAGUAUUAAUUAUUCUGCUUAUUAUAAACAAUGUCAUCCAAUUGAAUGUAAAUAUAUUUAUUAUGUUAAAUAUGAUAUUAUUUAUAUUAUUACAACAAUCACUGGUUUGAUUGGGGGUCUCGUUACUUUUUAUUAUUGGAUUAUUCCACUUAUUAUUAAAUUAAUUCGACGUUACUGCUUAAGACGAACUCAUAACACAACCAAUCAAGUAACUCCAAUUGAAACAAUCUCAUUAAACUAA